UGUCAACUGCGGUAAAAGUCUGACAUUAAAAAAUGACCAUCCUUAAGAGAUUUUCGAGUAUUCUACAUCUAUCACUGAAAAAUGGUAUUCCGAUGCAAAAGUUCACACCAUGCAUGGCGUGUGCGGCAAGAAAUUACUCUGCACGCAAAACGGGGGAUGUAACAUUAGACUCUUCAAUGAUUAGAAACAUUGGAAUCUCUGCACACAUAGACUCAGGCAAAACCACGCUCACAGAGCGUCUUUUAUAUUACACUGGAAAAUUGGCAGAAAUGCAUGAAGUGAGAGGAAGAGACAAUGUUGGUGCAAAAAUGGACUUUAUGGAUCUAGAACGCCAGCGUGGAAUCACAAUUCAAUCAGCGGCAACAUAUGUGAACUGGAAAGGUACAAACAUUAACAUUAUAGACACUCCGGGGCAUGUAGAUUUUACAGUGGAGGUGGAGCGUGCUUUACGUGUUUUAGAUGGUGCUGUGCUUGUGCUUUGUGCAGUGGGGGGAGUUCAGAGUCAGACCAUUACUGUAAAUAGACAGAUGAAGAGAUAUAAUGUUCCAUGUGUGGCUUUCAUCAAUAAGCUAGAUAGAAUGGGGUCCAAUCCAGUUCGAGUAUUAUCACAGCUGAAGUCCAAAUUGAAUCACAAUGCUGAGUUUGUACAAUUACCCAUUGGACUGGAGAAAGACCAGGAGGGAAUUGUAGAUCUCAUUGAAAUGAAGGCCUUGUACUUUGGAGAGCCAUGUGGACUAAAUAUUAUUGAAGAUGAAAUCCCAGCUCAUCUGAGAACAGAGGCUAAAGAGAGAAGACAGAAGCUUAUAGAAGCUGUGUCUAAUGUUGAUGAUGAACUUGGAGAGAUGUUUCUAGAAGAGAAAGAACCCACUAUUGAUGACAUCAAGGCAGCCAUUAGAAGAUCCUGUAUUAAGAGGGUCUUUACACCUGUAUUUAUGGGGACAGCUCUGAAGAACAAGGGUGUACAGCCAUUACUAGAUGCAGUGGUAGACUACCUCCCCAAUCCAACAGAGGUUGAGAAUAUAUGUCUCAAUAAUGCAGAGUUAGAUGAACAUGGGAAUCCAACUAGAUUUUUGCUUAGUUCAGAGCGAACAACAGAAAAUCCAUUUGUUGGAUUAGCUUUCAAGCUAGAGGCUGGGAAGUUUGGUCAGCUGACCUACAUGAGAGUUUACCAAGGAGGAAUGAAGAAAGGGGACACCAUAAUUAACACAAGGAACAACAAGAAAGUCCGUGUAUCCAGACUGAUUCGGAUGAAUGCAGACGAAAUGGAGGACAUAACAGAAGCCUACGCUGGAGACAUUUGUGCUUUGUUUGGUGUAGACUGUGCAGGAGGAGACACUUUUGUCAACAAGGGAAAUACACAGCUCUCUCUGGAAUCUAUGUAUGUGCCAGAUCCUGUUAUCUCCAUGUCAAUAAAACCAGUGGACAAGCAAAACCAGGAAAACUUCUCUAAAGGGAUCUCAAGAUUCACUAAGGAGGAUCCAACAUUUAAAGUGGCAUUUGACCCAGAGUUGGGAGAAACCAUUGCAACUGGCAUGGGGGAAUUACAUCUGGAAAUUUAUGCUCAAAGACUGGAAAGGGAAUACAAAGCCAAGUGUAUCCUGGGAAAGCCAAAAGUCGCAUUCAGAGAAACUCUUCUGGAACCCGUAGAGUUUGAUUAUUGGCACAAGAAGCAGUCAGGUGGUAGAGGAGAAUAUGCCAGAGUUAUAGGAACUGUGGAGCCUUUACCUCCAGAAGAAAACACAAAAUUGAUUUUCCAAGAUCACACCCAAGGAACAAAUAUCCCAAAAAGCUACAUCCCAGCUAUUGAAAAGGGUUUCAGGAAAUGUUAUGAAAAGGGACCAAUAGCUGAACAGAGAGUAUCUGGAGUCCUUAUCAAGUUGAAAGAUGGUGAUGCCCAUUCUGUAGACAGUAGUGACUGGGCAUUUGAACAAGCUGCCUUCCAAGCAGGCCUUGACACUUAUACUUACUCCUGGGCGAUGUUGGAGCCCGUUAUGACGGUUGAAGUAAAUGCCCCUUUGGAAUAUCAAGGUGCUGUAUUGGCAGGACUGACCAAGAGGAAUGCUAUUUUUCUAGGGACAGAUUCUAACGAGGGAUACUUUUCGUCAUAUUGUGAGGUGCCACUGAAUUUGAUGUUUGGCUAUUCCACUGAAUUAAGAACUCUGACACAAGGACAGGGAGAAUUUACAAUGGAAUACAGUAAAUAUUGUCCAGCUGCCGAGGACACUGUGCGGAAACUCACAGAAAGCACGGAACAGGAGUCAAUGAAGAAGGGAACACAGGAGAAAAAACAAAAGAGGAAUUGACAACAGUUCUCUUAGUGUUUAAAUAUUUUUAAUUUAUAACAUUAUUUAAUCUUAUAGAGAUUUAUUGACUCAUAAAUUGAUGUGAAAGAUUUGACAUGUCUUGUACAUGUACUUUAAUGAUACUAAUGUUGAUAUAUUUGUUGAAUGUGAUAUAUGUCAUGCAAAA